UGCUCCUCAUAAAAGAUUACAUAUCAUUACAACAUUAAAUUUAAUAGAACAAGUCACAUUAGAAGCAGUUAAAAUUAUGCCAUCCGCAAGCACCGACCUUAUCAAAAAAGAACGCCGCAUUGAUGUUAAAGUGUACAAAAGAAGAUGGGCGAUACUGUCCAUUUUCAUUUUAUACGGUUUGGGUAAUUCUUUUCAAUGGGUUGAGUACAGCAUCGUGACGAAUGUGGUUGUUAAGUAUUAUAACGUCAGUUCAUUGGCUGUCGAUUGGUCAGCCAUUAUUUAUUUGUGCAUUUAUCCUGUCAUUUUUAUUCCCGCUUCUUACAUCAUCGAUACACAGGGUUUACGGACGACAGCUUUAAUAGGAGGUAUCGGUACUGCUCUAGGUGCUAUUUUGAAACUAUUUUCCAUCCGACAAGAUCUAUUUUAUGUAGUACUAUUAGGUCAAUCAUUAGGAUCAGCGGCGCAAGUUUUUAUUUUAUGUUUACCGCCAAAAAUUGCUGCAGUAUGGUUUAAGCCUAGCGAGGUAUCUCUAGCAAAUUCUUUGGGCGUUUUUGGAACCCAACUGGGCUUUGGCCUCGGAUUUCUGGUUCCUUCGAUGACCAUACACGAUUCUGAUGAUUUAAAUUCCAUCGGUGCAGAUUUUCGGAAACUGUGUUGGAUGCUCGCGAUUUAUAUGGUACCAGUGGCUGCAGCGAUAGUAUUUUAUUUUCCCGAUAGUCCUCCGUUACCACCAAGCAAAGCUCAAAUUGAAUGUAGAAAAUUACAGAAGCCCACUUUCAAAGAAUUCUGUUUGGGUUUCGUCAAGAUUGUGAAAAAACCAGGAAUGAUCCUACAGACAAUGGCUUAUGGAAUAAACGUUGGAACUUAUGCAUGUUUUACUACGUUUUUGAACCAGUUUAUUUUGCAGUACUUUGAGGAAGGUCAAAAAGACGCAGGAACAAUGGGACUACUAUCAGUCGGAAUUGGAAUGAUCGGAACGAUCUUAUUCGGGAUAUUUUUGGACAAAACACACAAAUACAAGGAAACCAAUCUGGUCGUUUGCUACAUGACAGCGAUAAGCAUGCUGGCGAUGGCUGGAGCAUUGAAAAUGCAGAAUAUGAUUUUGACUUAUAUCUCUUGUAUGUCAGUUGGUUUCUUCAUAAAUUCCUACUGGGCGACUGGAAUCGAACUGGGUGUAGAACUGACAUUUCCAUCAGACGAAAGCACGACCACUGGUAUCUUAUCAGCAAUGUCGCAAGCCAUCGGCUUCGUAGUGUGUUUUGCGAUGGGGCCGUUUAACCAGAAAUACGGCGGGUUUUGGAGCAUGAUUACCCUUACAGUACUAUUCGUUAUUGGUGCUCUCCUGACGCAAGCGGUGCCGAAUAUCAAAAAACGACAGGAAGAAUUUCAGAAGAACAGGAAAGAAGAGGUAGUUCUAGUAACUCCUAAGGUUUAAAUUAUUUAUUAUUGUAAAAUUGUAGUACCUACCUG